GCGAUCUUGCCUUGCUUUGCUAAUUAGACCCUCCACCAAUGCCGAUCUCGACGAGCUCCCGACAAGAGCUCAAUGACUUUUCCCAAUCCUUCCAAGAGUCUUCUCUCUCUGAUACGCCGGGCGUACAACUCAUCCCUGCCAAUUAUGGGUGGUCAAAGAUCCUAUCAAAAAUCAGGAAGACACGUCCAGCACAUGUUGCAAUUCUGGACUCUUCCUUCAACCCACCAACUGUCGCGCACGCAAAGUUACUUGAGAACACAAUGAAGCUGAAUCUUUUAAACCGCUACCCCAAAUCAGCUACAGACCUGACAUCGAGGCAUACGAAUCAGGGCACCGAAGUCUCGGAACACUUUGAUGCAUAUCUUUUGCUCUUUGCAACCAAGAACGCCGAUAAAGCCUUGUCUGGUACGUCUGUCACCGACCGCCUUCUCAUGAUGGAGGCACUUGUUCAGACGGUUGCCCCAAAGUGUGAUGUACCGGAUGAUAGAAUCGGUAUUGCCAUCACCACUCGUGGCAUAUUCCUCGACAAAGCCCACGCCCUACACUCCCUGUUAUCGUCGGAUGGCAUAGCCCCCGUGUUCCUACACUUUAUAAUGGGUUACGAUACUAUAAUACGGUUUUUUGACCCCAAGUAUUACAAGAAUUCCAAUAUGGAUACAGACAUGGAAGUAUUUUUCCGUAGCAGCCGGAUCAUAUGUGCUGAUCGCGUGAUGGAAGGGGCUUCGUCGGAAAGCCAUGACACAUUAGGCGAUUGGCUGGAGGAAGCCCGUAAACGGAGUCCAAUUGUAGGAAGAUUCGAAGCUCAUAUCGUCACGAUGCAAGGUUGGCUGGAAGACCCACGAGGAACAGCACAGGCUUCCAGCACGAAGGCACGAGUCAUGCUGAAAGAGUUCUGGAAAUGCAAACAUGCGGGCCAAGUGGAGGACGCUACCCGAAUCAGAGCAGAGCUGAGGAAUCUUGUCCCAGAACAAGUGAUGGCGCUCAUUGAUCAGGAGGGCCUCUAUGAGACCUUAUGAUCAGCAAAACGAGGCGAGAGUCAAUACAAACCAAAAAAUUCACAAUUUCAAUGACAGCUACAAGAUAUUAUACAUUUAUGAGAAAUAUGACCC